CUCACCUCACCUCACUCUCGUUUCCCUUCUUCUCUUUCUUCAGUUCCACCCUUUUCCCACCUUAAAAAAACCCUGUUGUGGUCUUCUUCCUCGGCUUCUCUGCCUGCUUGGUCUUUUCUCCCUUGGUAGACCUCCCUCAUAUGAUGUUCAGCCUUGGGAUGUAAAUCCGUCCUCCUUGCGCAUAGUCGCCCUCUUUAUUCCCCUUAUGAUGGGCGGUCAUACCCGCGUUCUCCGCCGUGCUCGCGAUCCCGCGACACUCUACCCUCCGACUCCGUCCCGGACUCAAUCCAUUGACCAAGUCAUUCAAGACAUAGAAAAAGAUCAAGCAGGAAUUUCGGCCUCAGCGCCGUCGUGACAGACCGACAUCCUCCGGUAGCGCCCUUCGUAUCACUAUCACUAUCGACGAUAACGAUGGACGGGGAGAAGCACAACACCGCCGGCCCGAGCCAGCAAGUGCUGGUGGAAUCCGCGCUGGAGCAGUCGGACAUCCACGCCCAACACUCUUUAUCAACGUUCGAAAGAGUCCUCACCACUCAUGCGCCCAUCCUCGAAUCCCUCCUUUUGCAGACCCCCACCGACUCUAUUCUCUCGCUCUAUCACACUUCCCGCUACCUCCGCUCCUUUCUCCGCUCAUACCCAACAGCAUGGAAGUACCUUUCGUUCCGGCUCCUUUAUCCCUCAGGCACGCCUCCCCCGAUUCGCGUGGUCCUCACCGGUUCCUCGGAGGCAGUGGUGCCCCGUCAGUCGCGACCGUACGCUCUCGAUCAGCUGCUGAUGAAUGUGGUGCUUCCGUUCAGCCCGUGUUUGCGCAGCCUGGAGUUGGAUAACACGGCGGUCUCGGGUCAGAUCCUUAUCUCCACAGUCCUUCAUGCUCGACGGGAGACACUGGAGCAUCUUUCUGUUCGGGGGUGCAAGAACGUGUCACUCAAGUAUCACAUUAUUCCUUACUUGACCAUGUUUGGUCUCCAGUACGAUGUGAACAUGGAACGAAAUAUCGGUAGCUCUCCUGCCACCAAACACCUCGCUCUCAAAAGUCUAUACACCUACCGAUGUCGCCACCACCGCCGUCGCCCCUACCUCACGUCAUCGUUGUCGCGAAAGGAUUCGGAUUCCGAGCCCACACAUGAGCUGGUCAACCUCUGUCACAAACUGGGCAUCUGGACGGAUACGGCGUGGUGCUCGACCCCGGCCGGGCGGUGCUUCCGCAGAAGAGGGUAUGUGUCGAUGCGGGUUCCCCAGGGUUCGGCCGAGGUCUGGGUCGUCUUCGAUCGGCUGUGGAGGUCGAAGAACUGGAUCGGACCGAUCGACUCGGGUAACAGGCCAGCUCAGCGUGACGGCAAGCUGUGGGAGCACAAUGAGACGGGCUAUUGCGGCGAACCGCUGGGGACGGGUGAGAUCGGUGAUCUUGGUGACGGCAAGAUGAAACCGGCGCAUCUGCGUCAAAGUCACGCGCAAUUUGUCCAGAACAUCCGCUGUGAUAACUGCUGCGAAGUGAUCCCGGAGCGGUGCGAGCAAUGCAGCAUCUUGAUGCACUGCGUCGGAUGUCGAAAGACUCUGUGUGCUAGCUGUGCAUACGAUCGGCCUUACAUUGCUGGUCAUUUGGAGCCCUCCUCGACCAAGGAGUCGAAUCCGUUCUGGUGGGCCCCUGGCGCAACAGUUUCGCCGUGUUCGAUGCAAGACCCAGUGGAACUCACGGAUCAUGAGGCACUCACCACCAACCCCACCGCUCCCGCCGCUUAUCCUGCCCUCAAGCUGCACUGGUGCUGCACGGAACCCAUUUUCUCCGGCGGAGGCGGGAUCAGUAUCGGCACUUCCAAUCGGGACGUAGAUCAAGUGCGCGCGGUGCCUUUACCCAGGGGACAAGGCUGGGAGGACCUCGAGAUCUCGGCCCAGGAAUGGAGCAAGACGUUCCCGCGCGACGCUUACGGAGACCCACGCAAGCCGGAUUACACCCUCGAGACGGGACACAUCGCCAUGAUGAAGUGGCUGCUGGGUCCGCCUAACCGACAACCCACGGCUUGUCCCCGGAACUUGUGCCAGGAUUGCUACGACACGCCGCAGUGGAAGGUGCAUUGCAAGAGCUGCUCGAAGCCGUUGUGCAUCGAGCAUGAUCUCCGUGGUCUACGGCUGAGGAUUUGUGGCUACCGGGACUUGACGCUGGAGAAGAUGGCGAUUCAAAACCACGCUGCAUCAGGCUCUCGCGGCUACCUGGCCCCGCACAUGGCCUAUCCCCACUCCGUCCCUGAGUUCGAGUUACCGUUCCGGACCCAGCGGGUGAUCGACUCCACGACGAGCAGCUUCACCGAGGACCAUGGUGAGGGGGCCGGGGAGGUGCGCAGUCGCGCUCUGCCCGAACCCCCGGGACCGGCUUCGCUGAUCCAUCGCCGCUCCCGAAGUCUGUCCCUGUCCAACUCCAACCGAUCGCGAUCGUCCUCCCCGUCUUCCACCUACUGUGACUCGCCGUCCGAGCAGCUCCGAUGGCAAGGCUGCCAAUCCUUCUUCUGCCCGCAGUACCGUGCCGUCGGCGACCAACGCCAGCGGUGCGCCAGCGUGCUCCGCGAAUGCACGAGUUGCGCCGUCUACGUGUGCCAGGACUGCGUGAAGGCCAACCCCCCCUGCAAAUGCUCCUUCUGCGAAGUCAACUACAUCUGCCCGAACUGCGUCAAGGUACGCGAACGCGAGGGGACCUGCCGCCGGUCGGCAGAGGAGAAGGCCCGCCGCGAGCAGAAGUGGAAGGAAGACAUGCGUAUGCUCGAGGGGAUCCUAGAGGCGAAGCUCGCGAACGCGACUGCCGAGUAUGCGGGCCAGUUCUUCGGGUUUUUGGAAGGUGGUGAAGUUAGUAGUAGCGCGGCGGCGGAGGUGGAAUCCGAUGUGCCGCAUCCAGAACCGAGCUCGACGAGUUUCGACCCGAGCGACCUGCACGGCCUCCAUGAAGUCGAUCUUUUCGGAGAAGAGAUUCUAACGGAUAGUACGGAAUGACGAAGAUGAUAAUCGGAUAUGCUGGUGGUGGUACACGGGGAUCCAUUUCAAUGGCGUUUAAUGGGAUAUGUGGGAGCAUUUCCAGCUUUCUUAUUUUCCUUAGCAUUUGUGCGAAACCAAAAUCUUACAUUCUUGGGUGGGAUGGGGGAGAGGAUGGAAAAUGGUAAUCUUGUUCGUGUUGGUGGCAUUUGAGUGGGUAUGCAGUCAUGAUGCGCAGGAAGCAUGGAGACUGUUUAGUCGGGGGAGUGUUUGCCAGGGGUAGGGUAGGGUAGGUUGUUGUGGGGGUUUUGGGACAUACGCAAGGCAUAUAGGGCAUAAUGAUCUGUUUGUGACGCUGUCACAUCUUCAACAGUUAGCAGAGCC